AUGUCAAGUUUGCAACGCAAAAGGCACCCAUGGAAGAACGUAUUUAGCACUGCUGGCUUUUGGUUUGUGUUGUUUUCCGUUGUUCUAAUCCUGAAAUUGUUCAUUUAUCCUCGUUCUUUCCCUCACAACUCUACAUUUGGAUUCCUGGCUCAUGCUCUUGCUUUUACGACUAUACGAAUAAAAAUAGUAUUUACGCUUGCAAAAAGAACUUUGUUUGAACGUGAGUUCUCUACAUUAUUUUUUCUAGCUCUGAAAAAAUUUGAUGUUAUUCUACAAAGAAAACCAGUUGAAAACGUUGGGAUAGCAAGAAUAAUCAUAGCUGUCAUAACUGUCUUUGUACUUGCUACCGGACUUUUGGUUUCUCAUAUUCGCUUUCAAAAUGAGUCUGUUUACAACUACAUCUUUGGGUUUAGUACGUACUUUUACAUUCUUUUUAUGGAUUUCAUGAUAACGAUGAAGUACAUCAUCUGUGUACUGCAACUGAAGGCCAGGCUUAAGAAACUGAACGAAGUUCUUUUUGAAGUAGCUAUGCCAGCGAAUCACCUUGCUGCAAUAAUGGGGUACGGGCAUCAGCCACACCCUUACACAAGAAGAAAUAUUCAUCGCAUGCAAAAGGCACAUCUCUUCUUGCAUGAGGCGGCGGAAUUAUUGGAUAAAGAAUUUGGGCUCAUAAUAUUCUUCGAUAUUGCGUUGUCCAUUAGUGGCACUAUAUACGUUUCAGCUGGCAUAUUCACACUUAUUAUUUGUGACAGUGGAGAAGAGCAUUUCUUGUUUACGUGGCCCAUGUGUGUCUCCCUCUUCUGGCUGCUGUACCAUACUGGGAAGCUAAUAGUGCUGGUGCUGAGCUGUUCAGUGACAUCACACGAGGCAGAAGUCCCUUGCGUCAUCCUGAUCAGAGCCGCAGCACUCCGAGGUUGGCAAUCCGCUCUGCUGGAAACGUUCCUGGAGCAGGUCGCUUUCACGCCGAGCUUACAGUUCACUGCUGGUGGGUUCCUUACAGUCGACCGGCAACUUCUCGUCUCUGCACUCACUGCAACUGCCACCUACCUUGUUAUUCUCACACAGUUCAAUAUCAGUGCAUAA